GCUACGAGAACCUCACGUACCACGAUAAAAGUAGGUCUCGCGGUAAAUAAUGAUAAUGAACGAUAAAAUGUUGUAAUGACAUGUCUGGUAAACAAGUUAUUGACAGACAAUUCUAACCUAAUGUUGUUUCUCUUUUGUAUUUCUGUAUUUCCUGUGUGUGCAAUAAAGAUUUGUUAGCCAGGCCAGGGUAUCCUGUCAAAAUGCCAAAGACCUUGUACAUGAAGGACUUGAGUCCACCAGCUAGAGCUGUAAACAUGACUAUUCACCUGUUGGGGUUAGAAGUGGAGAUCAAAGAAUUGAAUCCUGUGUUACGGGAUCAGGACCAGCCAAAGUUCAGAAAGAUGAACCCCAUGAGGACUAUACCUAUUUACGAUGAGGGUGACUUCAGUUUAGCCGACAGCCAUGCGAUUAUGAUUUAUUUACUGGAAACUUAUGGGAAACCUGAACAUUCAUACCUCUAUCCGAUGGACAAAAGAAAACGCGCUACUAUCCAUCAAAGGCUAUUUUUUGACUGUGGUAUUUUAUUUCCAAGACUUCGAGCUAUAAUGGCUCCAACCUACGCGGGCAGAUUGACGGAGCUGACAAAAUAUAUGAAAAUAAAUAUUGACGACGCGUACGCGAUGCUUGAGGAGUACCUCUCUCAAAACCUGUUCUUAGCUGAUGACCACUUGACUAUUGCUGAUCUAAGCGCAUACACCACUACUCAAAGCUUGAAUAUUGUUCAUCCUGCCGAUGGCACCAGGUUUCCAAAAGUUAAGAAAUGGCUGAAAACUAUGUCAGAACUAGACAUAGUUAAGAAAGUUAAUGAGCCCGGAGGAGAAAACCACGGAAAUUCGUUACUUUUGAUUAUGGAAGUUAAUAAGCAAAAUAAGAAGUCUAAACUAUGAAUAAUGUUAAAAAAAUAUGCGCAUCUACUUCGAAAUAUGCAAUCAAUGGUUUUGGGUAGAAAUAGUGUCACAGUUGGAGCUAUGACAAACAUCAAGGAAGGUACGAACCUCCGUUAUCGAAGCCAUCGGAUAUGCGAAAAGGUAUUCGUAACCAAACCGAUAUGAGUUUCGGAUAAUAUCCGUAUCCGAAACAUCCCAGGCAAAAUAUGUAUCAAUAAUUCGUACAUAUACUGUACUAUUCAGUACCUAUGCUUUAAAAAGUGUAUUUUCGAAUCAAUACACAUUGUUGAGUAAUAAGUAAUAUUCCAAAAAAAAUAACCUUGAGUUUCGGAUUAAAUCCUUAUCCGAAUCAUCGAGGCAAAAUGUAUAUCAAUUUGUACCUAUACUGACCUAUUCAGUGCUUUAAAAGAAAGUUAUUGAACAAGUUUGAACAAACUGUAUACAGGUUAGUACGAAAGAGACGGGAGCUGUCAUUCUAAUCACGUUGCGUAUUACAGGGUAAAUAUUACGUUAUUAUAAUGGUGUUAAGGUGUGUAUUUAAGUAAUGCCAAUUUAGUUUAAUGGCGAAUUGAAUAUUUUUUUAAUUUUCAAUACAAAACACAGUUAAGAAUCA